CAAUUGUGGAGAGGCACAUAGUAACCCAUUAUUUGAAUAACCAAUGAAGUGUAUAAAAACCAUUUAAUAUGGGGAAAGAAGUGCCGCUACGAUUUUUUAUCAAGUGAAGUCUAUUUCUCGGCUGCUCCAUCAAUAGUUGACUGAAAUUCUCCAUGCAUUUCUCUGGCACAUCUCAUGGCGCUAACGGUUUUGGAAGCGAAGCUGAAAAGUUCUAAUUCGGCGCUAGUUUUUCUCCAAGAGCAGCAUCAAAAUGUGCUCCGUGGACUCCAUGCCGAGAUUGACUCUCUUCGACGACAGUGCCAAGAGCUGCAGUUCCAGCUGGCCACGCAGACGUCCCAGCAGGUGACUGAGGCCGAGGAGCGGCACCGCCGUCAGCUGGGUGAGCUGCAGCGCCGCCUGCGACAGCAGACAGAGACGGCCGACCGACUGGAGACGGAGCGCCGCCAGCAGCAGGACGCCGUGGCCGCCCUGCAGCAGCAGGUGAAGUGGACGCAGCUGCAGCUGAAUAACGAGGGCGACGCGCGCGCGCAGACGGCGCGUCACCUGCGAGCCGAGAUCAGUGAGCGUGAUGACGCCAUCCGCCAUCUGACGGCGCAGCUGCACGAGGCGCGUGCGACCGGCGCGCGACUGCGCCGCCUCUCGCGGCCACGGAACGCCUCGUCGUCUUCUUUGUGCGUCGGCACGGCGUCGGUGGCCUGUCAGACGGAGGCGCCGCCGGCGGUGGCGGGCACCGACUCUCGGCCGGGCACCGGUCUCAGCCGGCUGAGCGAGGAGGAGGCGGCGCUGGUGCGUCCGGUGGGCCGCGGCCGCCGGCCCUCGGCCGCCGUCUCGCUGCCGCCCAUCGAGCUGAACCAGUCGGUGGGCGUGGCCGGCGGCCGGGCGCUGAUCCGCCAGCAGCUGCGGCUCGCUGUCGACCGGGGCGCCGCCGCCGACUCGUUCUGAGCCCACCGCCAACUCGUUCUGAGCGCCGCCGACCGCCGCCCGACGACCGGUAAGCGCCGCCGACCGCCGCCCGACGACCGGUAAGCGCCGCUGCGGCCGGCUCAGGCGUCCGAGGGCGACUUCGAUCGAGUGUUAGCGAAUACUACUGCGUGCACAUAGACAAUAUUUACUAUCAUCUAGUGUAAGAGCCAAUGUGCUUUAGCCGAAUGUUCCUGGUUUGUGAAGACAGAGCACGUCGUCCUCAAGCUGUGUAUGUCGUACUGCAAAUUGUAUCGUUUAAACCUAAAUCACUAACCAUUGGCAUCGGAUAGGACCAUAGUUAUUCCCUCGCUGCCAACGGAGUGUGGGCCGUCCCGGUACGAUCUAGCCCUCCAGGCCGCUCCUCGGCACAGUAUCCGUCCGUGGAGUUUUCCCUCCUGCGACCGUUUGACCUACCGUCUCCGGUACGGUCCGCUCAGUAUUAGUACUACGCUCCGUCCACGACCCGUCGCUGGCACCCAUCCGUGGUGUGUGGGGCCGGGGGUCGGACAGAGGUCGCCACAGAGCUCCCUCCCUCCGAGUGAUACGGAUGCCAAGCACCGAUAGAUGAGUGAGUGAGGAUGUCAAUUCCUGAACACGCCGUCAGUCCUGGGGCUUCGAGUAAGAUGAUAUGCGUUCAUGCUCACUAUCCUUGCCAAUAUAGACAGAUGAGUUCCAGCUCAAUUUAGCGGCGUCGUUAUAGCGGUCCCUUGUGUUCGCUUGCAUGGGACGUUUGUUGGCGUUCAGAUCUUACAGAAAGUACAGAUUGCACAGCAUUCUUCAGAAAAUUGUCCUGUCGAUGAUCUAGGUACCGGUGUUUGUUUAAGGUCGUUAUUUUACAACAAAAUGGCGGCUAUUUUUAUGACAAUACGAAUAUCCCUGGAUAAAAGACUAUGGAAUGAUCAGGUAAAGCUCGUUGCCGCCUAUAUUCUGAGUUAAAUUUUCGCUGCAUCACAGUCUUUUCUGGCUCCAUUAAGCGCACCUCGCCUGCUGGUAAUGUGAUGGUGGUGAGCAAGUAGCUGCUUCAGUGCCUUGAAUAGCUGACUGGUGUACGGUACGCCUAUGUAUGUCCUUCGCUCUUGAUAGUUCGGGAGUGUUAUUCCAUGAAACUGAUUAGAAUGGAAGGAACCAUCGAAGGUAGCGAUGGUACCAGCUGUUAGUGUCAGUUAGCCGGCGCCUGGUAUUGAGCUUUGCCUGCCAAGUCGAUCCGCAGCUAUACGGAGCAGCUGAAUUGAUCCCUGGCCGGUGCUGCUGUUUUUACCUUUCUCUGCACUUCCUGGCGCUUCACUAUCGUUCUGGGCACCCGCCUGCUCAUUCCAAGAGCCUCUUUGGUUCCCCUGGCACGCACCGUAGCAGAGUACCUCCCCCCCCCCCCCCUGGUGACACUGCACGUGAUACCGUGAUAGAGUCCGUCCCACGCUGUGAUACCCCUGCUACACGAUUGCACGCUGCUAGUCACUCUCGAUCUCACGGCCCGGAGAAACUCAGGCACCCCUGUAACACACCUAGUCGCACCUGAUCUCACUGGGAGCACGGCUGGGACACUUGGAGGAACAAACACCUUUUGAGAACGACGGGUCGGGUGGUGCGGCCAUAAUUUACUCGCGAUUGGUUCUCGAGGAUGAGAGGAUGUAUUUGCUCGACUUGUUUAGCUUGAGUUCGUAAUAGUAUAUUGCAGACUAUGAUAGUCUAAUAAAUCGCUUGUUGUAGGUUGUAUGAUGAAGGGAAAUCGAAUGGUAUUUUGGGCGUUGUGUUGCUUGCUAAAUUUCCCUGUCUUGUUUAAGAGGAAAAUGGCGCGACAUUGAGAGAGGCUCCUGCCCUGGCCCAGCCCUGGUUUCCCGGAUGUGAAGAGAUGUGCAUGUUUUCGUGUGUCUGACUCGUGUGUUAUUGCCAUUGCCGUAGUGGCCGAUGGUGGGUGGAGUCUGUUUUCGUCCAGUGUUAUUCACUGGUCUCAUUUCUGGUACUCGCCAUGGGCUAUAUAUACAGCCGUCCAAAGAACGCACCAACCUGCGACUGUUCUCCAUGCGCUUGUGAUAUUGGAGCUGAUUUCAAUAUAGCUCUGCGACUAUUGUUGAAAAUUCUUGUCCGUGGUCAUAUGUCUUAUUUAUUGCAUGGAGUAACGGUGUUAAAAUAUCAAAGCACUAUACCAUACUAUUUAUUUUCAUUUAGAAUAUGCACAUAUUUCAUAUUUCAGUAUAACUUUACAGAGCUAACUAUUGUGAGUGUUGUUAGCGAAUGUCAAGUAUUGGUUGAAGAAUUCUCGUGUUCGUAUCAAUACAUCGUGAACUCUA